AUGAUGUACCGCACCACCGCUGCCCGCUCCGCGCUCCGCGCGCUCCAGAGCUCCAAUGCCUCCGUGGCUCGCUCCACUCUGGGUAACCAGAUCUUCAAGGCCCAGAUGACCUCGUCUGCCCGCAAUGCGAUCCGUCCUUCCGUCUCCCCCAGCUUCGCGAUCGCCGCUCGCAAGCCCGUCACCACCGCCCUUGUGCGCCACUCUUCCUCUUCCGCCAAGGACGACGACGAUGUCGAUGUCAUGGCCGGUAUGAAGUCCGAGGCUAAAGUCAUCAAGGAGACUUUCAGCCUGAACCAGGUCCCCAAGGAGGCCCUGUACCUCGGUAUGGCUGGUGUUGUUCCCUACGUCGCCACCUCCCUCCAAACCGCCUUCCUUACCUACGAGAUCAGCCGCGCUGCUUCUCUCGGUGACGGUCUGAUCUUCUCCGGCCAGUCCGCUGAGCUCAUGCUGCACAUGCUCGAGCCCAUCCAGGUUGGCUACGGCGCUGUCAUCCUCUCCUUCCUCGGUGCCGUCCACUGGGGUCUUGAGUGGGCUGGCUAUGGCGGCAAGUUCGGCUACCGCCGCUACGCCGCUGGUGUUGUCGCCCCCGCUGUCGCCUGGCCUACUCUGCUCUUCCCCACUGAGUACGCCCUGAUCAGUCAGUUCCUGGCUUUCACCUUCCUGUACUACAACGAUGCCCGCGCUGCCGCCGCUGGCCGCGCUCCCCACUGGUACGGCAUGUACCGCUUCGUGCUGACCUUCGUCGUCGGUGCCUCCAUCGUUGCUACCCUGAUCAGCCACGAGAAGGUCCAGCAGGUCGUCACCUCCGAGCACACCAUCAAGGACAAGAUCAACGCUCUGAUCUUCCUGCAGAAGAAGGAGAAGGAGGAGGCCGAUGCUCGCCGCCGUGGUGAGAUCGAGGAGACCGACUAA